AGCGCCACCGCGUUGGCAGCGGACCAGCGGUUGCAGCUAGCAGUCGAAGGCAGAGCUCUCACGCGGACCUGCCCACCUGGGGUGACGGCAACGGAGCAGCCCUUCGCUUUCCCUCUCCUCCCUUUCGAACGAGGAGGAGCCAUCCGAGGUGGCCAGCCACGCCCACGAUGAUGGCUGCGGCGGCGCUGAGGCCGCACAAGGCUUCGCCGGCGCGCGUGCCCACGCGGUGUGUCGCCGCGCUCUGCGCCGCCUGCUUCAUCCUCGGCGUCUGCGUCGUCAACAGGUACUGGGCUGUUCCUGAGCAUCCCGGUUGCCCAGACAAGGCAGGCUCUGACCGCUCGAGGGCCGCGUUGGACCAAGUGUCACAGACUCGCGAAGUCGUCAUGGCGUUGGAUAAGACGAUAUCUGACAUCGAGAUGCGCCUGGCUGCGGCUAGAGCCGCGCAGGCGAUGAGCCAGGGCAUGUCACCGGGCGACUCGGAGAGCGACCAGGGAACUGCGCGGCAUAGGAUGUCUUUUGUCAUGGGCGUUUUCACCACUUUUGCAAACCGGAAGCGGAGAGAUUCAAUAAGGCAGACAUGGAUGCCGCAAGGUGAUCAGUUGCGAAUAUUGGAAGAGAAGGGCGUUGUUAUCCGUUUUGUUAUUGGACGCAGUGCAAAUCCAAACCCGGAUAACGAGGUCGACCGUGCAAUUGAUGCAGAAGAUAAAGAAUACAAUGAUAUCUUGAGAAUUGAUCAUGUGGAAGGCUAUGGAGGGCUUCCUAUGAAGAUUCAGAUGUUUCUUUCAACUGCUCUUACCAUGUGGGAUGCUGAUUUCUAUGUAAAAGCUGAUGAUAAUGUUUAUGUCAACAUUGGUAUCACCAGAUCGCUUUUGGCGCGACACAGGGCGAAACCUCGGGUGUACAUUGGCUGCAUGAAGUCUGGACCCGUUAUUGCUAAAAAUGACUCCAAGUAUUAUGAACCAGAUCAUUGGAAAUUUGGGACUGAGGGUAACAACUACUUUAGGCAUGCAACACGGCAGCUGUAUGCUGUAACCAGGGAUUUGGCAACUUACAUAUCAGCCAACCGGCAUAUCCUGCACAAGUAUUCAAACGAAGAUGUAUCAUUUGGCUCUUGGUUGAUUGGAUUGGAAGUCGAGCAUGUCGAUGAGAGAAGCCUUUGCUGUGGUACUCCCCCAGACUGCGAAUGGAAAGCACAGGCCGGGAACCCAUGUGCAGCGUCCUUCGACUGGAACUGCACUGGCAUCUGCAAUCCGGUGGAGAGGAUGACAGAGGUGCACCGGCGAUGUUGGGAAGGCAUUGGAGCCGAAGGGCACACACAGUUUUGACUUUGACAGCCGAUAGUUGGCGGAUCAUUGUGGCACCAUUUUUUUCUUUCUGUAGGGCCCUGUAAGUAAUAUGCGGAGAUGAACCUGUAUGCAAUGUCUCAGUUUUUUCAGAUGUGCAGCAAUGCCACUGUUUCCUGGUCAGUUUGCGUGCGGAAACUGGGGUAGAAAUGUGGAGUACAACCUGCAAUUGAGUCUCUAAUAACUGAAGAUACCUCGCUGGAUGCUUGUCGAGAAA